AUUUGGCUUUGCCUGUCUCUCUCUCUCCACCGCGAGCGGCGGUCUGGGACUCUGGGGAGAAGCAGGUUAAUUAGUUGUCACUUUUGCAUUUGUUCACAGCAUCAGCAAUGGCUUCGGAGAAGAUAAAGCCAAGAGAUGUUUGUGUUGUUGGUGUUGCACGCACACCGAUGGGUGGGUUUCUCGGUGCUCUGUCUUCUUUGUCGGCAAUGCAACUUGGGUCUAUGGCCAUCAAAUAUGCUCUUAGAAGGGCAAACAUUGAUCCAGCCCUAGUGCAAGAAGUCUUUUUUGGCAAUGUCUUGAGUGCAAAUCUAGGUCAAGCUCCCGCUAGGCAGGCUGCUCUAGGUGCUGGGAUACCAAAUACAGUUGUCUGCACCACUGUAAACAAAGUCUGUGCAUCCGGAAUGAAAGCUACAAUGUUUGCAGCACAAAGCAUUGAGCUGGGUAUUAAUGAUGUAGUUGUAGCUGGUGGCAUGGAGAGCAUGUCCAAUGCCCCCAAGUAUAUUGCAGAAGCACGAAAAGGGUCUCGAUUUGGACAUGAUAGUCUUGUUGAUGGGAUGCUCAAAGAUGGUCUGUGGGAUGUCUAUAAUAAUGUUUCCAUGGGAAUAUGUGGUGAAAUAUGUGCUGAUCAUCAUUCAAUAACAAGAGAAGAGCAGGAUGCUUAUGCUAUUCGAAGCAAUGAGCAUGGAAUAGCUGCUCAGGAUAGUGGUGCAUUCAUAUGGGAAAUUGCUCCAAUUGAAGUUUCUGCAGGCAGAGGAAGACCAUCAGUGAUUAUUGACAAGGAUGAAAGUCUUGAAAAAUUUGAUCCUGUAAAACUAAGGAAGCUCAGACCAAGUUUUAAGGAGAAUGGUGGUACAGUAACAGCUGGAAAUGCAUCAAGUAUAAGUGAUGGUGCCGCUGCUUUGGUACUGGUAAGUGGAGAGAAGGCUCUAGAACUAGGACUGCAAAUAAUUGCAAAGAUAAGAGGAUAUGCUGAUGCUGCUCAGGCCCCUGAGUUGUUCACUACAGCACCUGCACUUGCAAUUCCGAAGGCUAUUUCAAAUGCUGGCUUGGAGGCAUCUCAAAUAGAUUUUUACGAAAUAAAUGAAGCUUUCUCUGUUGUUGCCUUGGCAAAUCAGAAGCUUCUAUCUCUUCCUUCAGAAAAAGUUAAUGUGCACGGUGGAGCUGUAUCAUUGGGACACCCUCUAGGUUGCAGUGGAGCUCGUAUUCUGGUUACCUUGAUUGGGGUCCUGAGAGAGAGGCAUGGCAAAGUUGGAGUCGCUGCUGUCUGCAAUGGUGGUGGGGGAGCUUCUGCACUUGUCUUAGAGCUAGUGCCUCAUGCAGGACAUAAGCGGUCAUUGUUGUGAAGCAUGUUGUCAAAUUUUAAGGCCGAGUGAAAUCUUCCAUCGUGUGUGUGUGUGUAUAUAUAUAUAUAUAUAUAUAUAUAUAUACAAAAAGAGUGGGAUUAAUAAGGUUGUAUGUUCUUAUUACCCAAUGCUUAAUAAUGUAUAGAGAGAGAGAGGUGGGGGGCGCAAAAUUUGCACUUGGCAGCGACUCAGAAUGUACGGGUGCAUGCAGCAGCUCCAGAUCCCUAUGCAACUUGAUGUAAUCACUGUAACUCUACAUGAAUUAAUUUAAGCAUGCUUUAGUCGAA